AUGAGUCCCGAAACGUCGAAGCGUGAGCUGCGAAAGGGGGUGAAUUCAGACGCUGAUAUGGUGCGCUUGAUGCUAGACGGGGAAAGGGCAGCUAAGAAGAAGGUCAGCUGAGCGGGAGCGGACUCGUCCAUACACUUGUUCCCCUAUUAUGAUAGGCGGAUCGGUCACCUCCAACGGGCGCCGACAGGGUGAUUGUGCCUCUGUCCGAAAUAAACCUCGCCGACGUCGAAGGUAUGCAGCCUGUACUGUCUUUCACAUUCCUUUACCAAUCCGUGUAUGCUCUUAUUCACGUGUCAGGCAAGGUACUCAGUGAGAGAGGUGGAGGUGGAAGUGGAGGCACUAAGCAGAUGAUGUCGAGCGAGGACGGCUCCCCGCACAGUCCAGGCUCUCGGCAAGGCGCCAGCGAGAAGGUUCAAAGGUUUCUCCAGCAGCUCCGCCACUCCGGCUCAAUGGAGGACGGCCAGGGGAACAUGAUGGUGCCCCGCGGGACGGCCACGCGGAAGAAGUUGAGCGACCUGGCUGCCAGGGAAUUCGACGCGGCCACCGGUAAGGCGACAGGAGGUGAGAGCCUGGUGGACGAUUUGGACGACGACAUCCAAAGCAGAAGUGCGGCGCGGGCGGGCAUGGGUUCGGAGACACAUUCUCCCAACGUGUCUCUGCCCCUGGUGCCCCCGUUCAUACCAGUACAUGAGCCAGUGACAGCAAGGACUGAUUACACUGCGGUGAGCUGGCUGGUCAGACGCUCAGAACAGACAGGUACUCUGACUGGUGCUCCUUCUUGUUGAUGCAGGACGUGUCUGAAAGCCCUCCGCCCAUCAAUAAUACCAGUAUGGUGCGCACGCCCUACCAGGACGGAUCGAGGGAUCGGCUUGCGCGUGGAUCCGGUCAAGUCACGAUCAGAGUCAACCCACCCGAUGCCGCGGACCACGGCAAAGAGCCCGAGUAAGCAUUUGUUGCACAUGUGUUUUUGCAGUGCGAUAAAUCUACACACGGGGAUGUUGUUGAUGUUGGUUGUCUCCUUGCAGUCUUUCGGCUACGCAGCAGCACAACGGGGAUGAGACAAACCAGACCAAGCUUCCCGAAAUGUUUCUUGACAUCUUCAACAAUGACUCUUCCCCCAGCAAGCCAGGGAAUGCCCAUGAGCAGCGGGGCUCUGCUCCCAAUGGCACAAUGGAGCCGCGAAAGCCAAAAAGGGGAGAUUCACAAGCAAAGGGCGAGGGGGUAGAAUCAACGUAAGCAACCCCACGCACGAUCCUGCUGCACACGGAAGACCACACUUUCACCAUCUCCUUUCCGUCUCCGUGUGUGUGUCUGUGUAUGUGUGUGCAGUUCGGCAAGAAAAGGGAGGCGCGGCUCCUCGUCGAGCGAUUUGUCCCCCAUGAGCACCGGUGGGAAGAAAGCCAAGGGCAGCGGCAACCUCACGCUCCAUCAGAGGUGGCUGCGGUGCAAGCGAAAGUACAAGUGCCUCCAGGAGCCUCCAAACAUUUGCAAGUGGGUCACGACGACCCUUUUCGGACGCCUGUCGAAACUGAUGCUCAUCUUCUGGGGAGCCAUCCUCGCAUACUCCAUCUUCACAUACACCUUCAUGGUAAUGUCAGCAAUUGGCUGCACGUGUACGUACAGGUGUUUCAGGCAGCCUGCAGGUGCUAUGCUGUGUGUCGCUGGUCGUCCUUUAGGCUUACAUGAUGGAAAGGGUGGACAACUUGACCGAUGAGGUGGUGCAGGCGGCCGUCGGGGAGUAUCGCUUCCGACAUGGGCAAAUCGCCACCAUACACCUGGUCGAACCUACCCUGUAAGCCCAACACAACCCUCUGCGUGUGAAAACACUUUGCCUGAUUCUGUUGACAGCUGGCCCUGGCGAGAGACGCUAUCGGAUGCAUCCCCUACCUUCCCUGAAUACUUCGGGGUGGGUGAGACAACGCCCUUGCAGUCACUGCCUUCCUCACCUCCACCUUUCCUCCCCUCUACGUGUGUGUCUGGUUGAUGGAUGUCUGCAUCAAUGCAGAGGCAGCUGGGGCUGGGCGCCGAAGAGUUGAUGAACCUUUUGUAUCAGAAGAGCAGCGCCAACGCCAAGCCUGUUGACCGCAGAUUUGAGGACCGAAAAAAGUGUGAAUGUACACACACAUAUAUACCUUCACAGCCUUUAUGACUGUUUGGUUGGCUGCUGCGUGCAGGCUGCUCUACUACCCCGGCUGUCUCCUUCGUCCACCUGUCAGUGCUGCCUCGCACUUGCCAGGCUGAUGUGACUGUUCUGUCCUUUCCAUUUGUUGUUGUCCCUGUGUGGGUGCAGGAGGGCACCUGCGAGAACAAAACAAACCCUUAUCCCUUCUCCGAAAAGAUGUUGAAUGGGUUCUAUCCGUCGCUCGUUGCCUGGUAUUACACCCACGGCAUGGCGGUUGUCGAUGCACGCUGCCGCCUGCCAUGACAUGACGAAUGCGCAUUUUGUCAGGUUCGAGGAGGCCGAGCGCUUCUUCACGAACUGGGUGGGCACACUUUGGCCGGAGAGCGCCUUCAAUGUGUUUUGGCCUAUGUGGUUGUAUUGUUGAAGGUGUUUGGUAUCGGCACCCCGCCAGCCUACUAUAUGGUCCCCUUCUACAAUGACGUCAGCCCAUACUGGAGACGCCAACUCUCAGAUGACCCCGGCGACGUCCCGGCUACGGCGACAGAUGCGCACAAACGCAUGGAGGCCGCCCUGAAGCGGAUGAAUCGUCUCAUGGACGAGCUACGCUCCAGCAGGAAUCGCAGCAGCACCGAGGGCAGUUCCCCAGACGAGGAUGAGCCGUUCGGGCGUGAGCUGCAGGCAAACGGGACGAAUGGAACAACCCCUGCGCCCCCCCCUCCGCCGCCGGUGGGGCCGGAGAGGCUAGUCAGGCCCUGGCUCCCACCUGACUACUGGUACGCGUAGACACAGACAGGAAGGAAGCAAGGCAGGAGGGCGGAAUCCCUUACUGACGUCCGAUCGCUUGAUGUGCUGAGCAGGUGGCUGUAUAACGCAUUGCGCUAUGACCUGGGCAAUGCCUGUGAGCUCCUCGCAUGCCCAUCCUCUGAUUGACAGACAGACAGACAGACAGUACCCUCACUCACGGCGUUCUCUCUUGCCUUCUCCUUUCUGUGUCUUGCAGUCGAGACGAUGGAAGAGCUAUUCAUUGAGGUAAAAGUGGAGAGCGCUGUUCAUGUCACGUCUGUGCUUGGCUGAUGGUCGGGCUUGAAUGCAGGAGGCCGACAGCGACCUGAAGGAUCACGAGACGAAGCUGUGGAUUCUAGGAGCAGUGGACUGGGCUGUUCUCAUUUUGGCCGUCAUGUUUCUGCACUACCUGCUGUUCGAGUGGUUUAAAAAGGACGUUGUCGACACGGUACCCACGAAGAGACACAAGCAUCAAGGGAGGGAGGGAGGAAGGAAGGAUGGCUUGCCUUGUCGUGUGGGGCAGGUGGCCAUCCUACGAGUAUUGCCAGAAGAUGACAUACAGGUGAGCGCCGAUGGAUGUUUGGUGUAAUGGCGUGUGAACUAUGUGUGUCGAUCCCUCCUUUGUCGCAGCAACAAAAACUCUUUGAGCUCUUCAACAUCGAUCUGGAGGUGAAGAACGAUGAGGAAAGAGAGAGGACACUGCACGCUUCUGCCCCUGUCUGUGUGUGUGUCUUGCUUGGCGCAGAAUGAGGAAGGUAGCAAAACCAGCGAUGCUACAGUCUGA